UAUAAAAAUUUUUAUUACAUACAUAUGUAAAUUCAUUUUUCUGAACAAUAUUUUUAAGUAUGAAAUUUAAGUGAAGUUAUAAUAAUUUGGACAGUGAAAAUUAAAUAAUCAAAUAUAAUUCAGUUCAAAAAGUUUGCUUUGAAAUAGAAAACGAUUAUUUGGCUAAUAAACGGAACCAAAAGAUAAACCUUUUAUUUAAGAACUGAAAUCACAUCACUUACAUAAACAAUAAUCCACUGCAUCAAUAAUUCGCAUUUUAUCUUCAGUAUUGUGUACAUACAUGCAUACAGAUAUAUAUGAAUGUUAAACAUGGAAAACAUGCAUCACACAGUGGAGGGUGAGGCAUCCGAAUCAGAUGAUGAGCAAAAAAAUGGUUUUAUGUUUUCUAGAAAUUAUGGAAUAGCUGUUGAUGGUGAGGCUUCAGAGUCUGAAAAUGAAGAUAAGAAUUUGAUUGAAUAUGAUAAAAGAAAAGAUAAAUCAAAAGACAAAGCGGAAAAAGAACAGCUUUUUUUCAAAGGAAUACUCUCGGAUAAAAUUUGGCUUAUUCUAACAGAAUUUAAAUACUUAGUUUGGGACAACAUAAAAAAAAAUAUAGAACACAAUUUGAUAUUUUCAACUAAAAAAGUGAGGGAAGCUGAUAAAAUGCUUUUGAAAUCGCAAAUGGCAUUACAAAUAGUCUCAAACAACUUGGAAAAUUCCAAAAAAAAUGUCUUAAAAAUUAUUGAGGUGACUCAGAUGCUUGAGAGUACGAAUUACUUACCGUCCUUAAACAUAAGAGAAAGAAUGUAAAAAUCUUUUAAAUAAUUAAAUAUUGGAAAAAAUACUUUCAUAUAUUAUUGAAAAACAACUUAGACAAUUUCACAAUUAAAAUAAAAUGGAACAAACCAAACUCUUUUUCAAUUUUCUGUUCAAUUUCUAGCAUUAGGAAUUGAAAAUGGAUUAAAAUAUUUAAUAAUAACCUCAGUUCGUAUCUCACAUUUUCCUACAUUUUUUUUUUGUAACUUUUAAAUCAAAAGUCUAAUUGUAUUAUUUCACUUUUUUUCAAUUU